AUGAAGCCUGAGUCUAAACUCGUCGUCGUCGCGCUGGAAGGUUGCCAUGGCUGUGGCAAAACCGCACUGUGCGAAGAGUUCGAAGCCCAGGGCUACGACAUCCUGGACGAGGCCUUCAUGGACAUGCCGUCCUACGCGCUGCACCCGCAGUCCCUGCUCAUGGAGACCUCGUGGGUCUGCUCCUGGUUCGAGCGCGUGCUGCGCCUGGCCGAGCGCGUCAAGCCCGGCCGCAAGCAGGUCUUCAUCGCCGACCGCUCGCCCUUCAGCGCCGUGCUCUACUCGGCCAAGGGCCACCUGCUGGAGCCCGUGAUCCGCGAGCAGAUGAAGGAGGUGCAGGACUUCGCCCGCGUCCAGUUCUACACGGUGCACGUGCAGGUGGAGCGCGAGCUGCUGUGGCGUCGCAUCAUCGCGCGGCUGGAGCUCGAGCCCGAGCGGCUGCGGCUCAACGAGCACAAGCGCGAGUGGAUGGAGGAGACUCUUGCCUUCUACGAAGGCUUUAACUGGGACAUGACAGUGGCCAACGACGAGCGCAGCGUGGCAACAAUUGCCGGCAACAUCAGCCGCCUGCUUAGAGAGAGGGACAACACCUUCGAGGAGGUGUACAAGUGCACCAAGCCGCGCGCCACGUCCCCUCACUCGUCCUCCAACAGCAGCGCACUCAGCACAGACAGCGAGUGCGAGAGCUUGGAGGAGGACCACCACAUGCACGAAGAGGUGGAGUGGAACACCAAGUCAGGCCAGCCUCAGAAGAGGAGCAUCAUCGCGUUCAACAACACCCCACCUCAAGACGCCUUUUAG